UCCUUCACUUCUCUCCAGCUAAUGCACUCCUUGUGGCAUUAAUCGCCUCUCAUACAGCUGAGUGAAUUUUAGAGGAGCAGAGGAGAGGUUUUCAUGUGUGAGACCAAUGUGUGACCCUACGUGUGUGUGUGUGUGUGUGUUUGAAUAAGGAGAGGCAGAAAGAAAGAGAGUGAGACAGACAAGCUUCAACUCUGCUCGGAAACACACCGACUCGCAUCUGUACCGAGGAGCGAACUUUUCCUCUCCAUCGAAACAAGAGCGUAUUCUAAAGAACUGAGUGGCCAACCUCAUCUGUACGUGAAACUCUGUUUACACCAACCAUCAUUAACAGCUGGGCUGCUACUGUCAGACCGGGUUGGAGGACAAUCAACUGCAACUGCUGCUGCCGCUGCUGGUGUGUUUUGUGUGGUGUGGACUUUCUCACGUUGCGGUGGACGCACACACAUACACAGGAGCUUUGCAUGCCCGGUGCCCCCCUCCCUGCCUCUCUCUCUCUUUCUCUCACUCUCUCUCUCUCUUUCCUCCUCUCUCUUGCACAUACAUACACACACUCGGAGGGAGAGCCAGUGUGUGCGAGUGGCGGACCCUGUCGUGUGGAGUGUACUGAAGAGGGGAGAAUAGAGGAGCGGAGCGGCAGACCCUACCAUGCCAGUGCAGGGAGAAAGGCUGAAGCGCUGUCUCUCUCUCUGUCUCUGGAGCCGGAGUCCUCUGCUGUUGCUUGGACUGUUUUCACUUCACGCACAAGCACACGGCAAUAUACUGGACAGUAUGCUGCUAAGAGCAUCCAACAAGGAGGCAGCGGAGAGUGGGAAGGAGACUAGUGGGAGCACAGCUCCUGCGUCAUCCUCCCAAAGACUACUGUGGUGUCACUGUUAUCACCACUGCCCCGAAGAUUCAACCAAUAAUACAUGCAGGACGGAUGGUUACUGUUUUACCAUGGUGGAGGUGGAGGGAGGAGUACCGGUCCAGACUGCAGGUUGCUUGGGGCUGGUUGGAUCAGAGUUUCAGUGUAGGGACACAGGGAACUCACGUCAAAGGAGAUCUCUAGAGUGCUGUACUGACCAAGAUUACUGUAACAAAAACCUGCAUCCUACACUGCCACCGCUCAAACCACCGCUCUACGUAGAUGGAAAGAUCCACCACAUGGCUUUGUUGAUAUCAGUCACUGUGUGCAGCAUUAUACUGGUUGCCAUAAUCGUCUUCUGCUACUUCAGGUAUAAGCGUCAGGAGUCUCGUCCCCGGUACAGUAUUGGUCUGGAGCAGGAUGAGACCUAUCUUCCCCCUGGAGAAUCCCUCAAGGACCUGAUAGAGCAGUCGCAAAGCUCUGGCUCAGGCUCAGGGCUCCCUCUAUUGGUGCAGAGAACGAUAGCCAAGCAGAUCCAGAUGGUGAAGCAGAUAGGCAAGGGGAGGUAUGGAGAGGUGUCGAUGGGCAGAUGGAGGGGAGAAAAGGUGGCUGUUAAAGUUUUCUUCACCACCGAGGAGGCCAGUUGGUUCAGAGAGACAGAGAUUUACCAGACCGUCCUAAUGAGACAUGAGAACAUACUGGGUUUUAUAGCUGCUGAUAUUAAAGGAACUGGCUCCUGGACUCAACUCUACCUAAUCACCGACUACCAUGAAAACGGCUCUUUGUACGACUACCUCAAAUCAACCACUCUAGACAAUAAAGCCAUGCUGCGACUGGCUUACUCCGCUGUGUCGGGUCUUUGUCACCUCCACACCGAGAUCUUUGGCACCCAGGGGAAACCUGCCAUUGCCCACAGGGAUCUGAAGAGUAAGAACAUACUGGUGAAAAGAAAUGGGACUUGCUGUAUAGCUGAUCUGGGACUGGCAGUCAAGUUUAUCAGUGACACCAAUGAGGUAGACAUCCCUCCCAACACGAGAGUUGGUACAAAGCGCUACAUGCCUCCAGAGGUUCUGGAAGAGACUCUGAACAGAAGUCACUUUCAGUCGUACAUCAUGGCCGACAUGUACAGCUUUGGCCUCAUUCUCUGGGAGAUCGCACGACGUUGUGUCUCAGGAGGGAUCCUUGAAGAAUACCAGUUGCCGUACCACGAUUUAGUUCCUACAGACCCUUCAUAUGAAGACAUGAGAGAGGUUGUCUGCAUCAAGAGACUACGACCAUCCUUUCCUAACCGAUGGACCAGCGAUGAGUGUUUGAGACUGAUGGGAAAGCUGAUGGGAGAAUGCUGGGCCCACAGCCCAGCCUGCCGCCUCACAGCCCUACGGGUCAAAAAGACACUUGCCAAGAUGUCAGAAUCACAGGAUAUCAAGCUGUGAGCAGGUGUUGCCAGGUGUGUGUUAACACACACACACAUAGAAUGGGCAUUAACAAUCACACUGGCUUUGUCCAGGCCGCACAAUCCCUUUUUUCCUGGGAAAAGGAGAUGGGACAGGAAGCAAGAUCAUCACUUGGAGAUCGAAGGAUCACAAACUUUGAUGCCCAGAACUCUGCAAUCCCAAGUCCCCCUUGAAAAACGUAUUACAGGACUACAAUGGUUAAACUUCUAUGAUAAUUCAAAAACAAUCAGGCCAUGUGUGGCCCUGUUCUGUCCAGAGAGGAUGACACAUUUUCAUUUCAGACUAGUGUGAGGACUAAAAUCAUGUUCCAGUUCCUGUUCACAUGCUCCAAAAAUCUUUGGAGAAAGAGAUUGAGUUUGAGUUGACACUGUAGCUGCAGAGAUACACAAAUGAGCUACUGAUCAGUGAGUGGAAUACUAUAUCACUGCUUUCUGUGAAAGCUACCCUAUCUGUAGAUGAAGGUCCGACUGAUAGAACGGAAAGGAUGUGCUUAAAGGCAAUUGCAGCAUGGCACCUCCUUUUAAAACACUGUCACUCCCACUACUGCCUUUAUGUUGCAAUUGGAUUAAACACAUUUUUGUCACUCUUAUAUUAACUGCUCUUGGUUACAAUGACUGACACUAUGUGACAGAAAAAAAAAAGUGUAUUUUGAGGCUUUAAAAGUUUUGUUUACGCUCGUAACAUUUGUAGACACUGAAGAAAAAAGGUACACGUGUAUUUUUAAGUUGUGAUGGGAUAUGAAAGUUGCAAAAAGCGUAUUUUCCAUGUAAAACUCAAACUCUUUAAGUCUAUAUGUGAAAAAUAAAGUUUAUAUGUCCAAAUAAAUUCUGGAUUGAGGCUCUAUAUGCCUCUGUGUUUCCUUGCCCUCCUAUAAAUAAAAGUUGCAUGAGGAGAGGGUUACAGUAAUGGAGCCAUUGAAGAGCCAUUGAAGCAUAGCGGUGGCAUCCGUAGGUGCUUCACGGCAAUUACAGGAAGGAAAGUUUACCCAAGCAAUCAGAAACUUUUUUUUAUUUACCAACUGUAGUGGUGACUUAUUGCUUGAGGAUGUAAUGAUCUAUUAUAAAUGGAUUUAUGCCUGUGUUAGUUUAGGGGGUACCACAAGUCGUUUAUCAUGGAAAGGGGGGGCUGUCAUCGUUCAGUCACUCCCAGUACCACAGAGCGGCUCCCAUAACUAGCCUGAUGAUGGAUAUGUAUUCAGUCAACACACAGUAUUUCCCUGACCACCAGAACUGGACAGAACCAGACGAAACUGUCUCACCAUGAAUCAGCAUUUUGUCACACUGAAAUCAAAUAACAGCUUAAUCAUUAAAAAGCUCAUUGUUUGGCUUCUAUCAGACGAGUUUCUUUACUAAUACAAAUUCUCACAUCGUAGCAGGCAAGUGUUUGGAUGCUUAAACAGCCUCACUGACCCAGAAUGAAAAAGUUCUCAAGGUAAAUCUGGACACCUGUCAUAAUCAUCAAUAGCAUACUGUUAGGUCUCCCACAGUCUUUGGUCUCUGCCACUAAAAUAACGGGAUGAUCCGUCACUGUUGAAGGUGUGGCAGACUUGUUGUGUUUUAAAAUGCCCUUCCUUUCCUCUUGGGUGUUGUGCCUUAUUUAAUCUGUACCAACUGUAGUAGUAUCUGUGAGAGAAAGUGGUGUUUUCAUUCAGUAAAAAAAAAAGGUUGAACAUUCCCCCAAUAAAGUGUUUCACUCAUUCACAUGGCUUAUGCACAGUUUGUGGUGGUGGCUGAACGGGGUGCAUACUAACAAGUCACUUGGCAAUGCCCCAUACUGUUAAGGCACGCUCUCCAUAUUUUCUUUGUUUAAAAAAAAAAAAAAGCAGCAUGCCUCAUUACGACCCACCGGCGGUGCUGAGCACACAGCAUGUUAAACAGUGAUACCAGAAGUACUUUCUGUUUCAAUUUCACCCCCAUCAGGAUACUUUAUCCAACAGCUUACUGAGUUUGGAACCUUUAAAUAUGAAUUUCACAGAAAAGUAAAAAAAAAAAAUCAAAGUAUUGCAUAACAAAUUAUUAUAUUCAUGAUCUACGAAUUGCAUUUCUGACCACGCCCGGCAACAACAUAGGUGUAAAACAAUUUCCUGAAACAGUUCCGCAGAAAUAAGCCGUCAUAUGCACCACACAUUUUCAGCAUUGCUUAUAAAUAUAAUUUAUUAAUUGUCUUAAAAAUUCUUUCUUACACUUUGUACAGAAAACAAUUAGAGGAGAUAGAGAGGCGAGCAUUCAGCGAGAUUGAGCAAGAUUCAUGAAGCGUGCCAGAAUUAGCUAAAAUGGACCAACACUACCCCACACUAAUCAAAUCAAAUCACCCCUGAUAGUAAAAUAAAAAUGCACUUACAAGCACAGCUCUAGUUAUAGACUUCUAUCAUGAUAACCAAUGCCAAGUUUGCAUAGUAGACACUGCUUUUACAAAAAAUUAAAGAAACUUAAAUAAUAUUUGUUUUUAAAAAAAAACUUGAAACAUACAAACUAGUAUCUAACUGUACUGCUCUUUUUUUAUGUUCUCAAAUUUGCCAAAUAUAGCUGACAGUACACAACUGUACAUACUGUGAAUAGAAAAUAUUUUUACAUACUUUGUUAUCUUAACACUACUUUCUUCAUUUUCACAUCACGAAGGAUCACCUUUGGGAGGCCUGCAUUUGCUCUCCUCGAAUGAAAACUCCUUUUCAGUCUACUCCAUUAACAAACAGUCUGUCCUGCUGGUAAACUGUAGACUGAGAACCUGGCAUGGAUCAAAUUUUGGGUGUGAAGUUACUGGUAACUUGCAUGUCUAAACAGUUUGUUUCCAUACACACACUCCACCAGUCAGAAUUUGACCUUGUAUUCUGCAUUUGAGUUAUUAAGAUGUUGAUAAUGAUCGUUGUAUGAGAGAGACAUUGUCAUGACUUUUGGGAUCAUAUUUAGUUCUGAAACAAACUGAAUUGAUGACAAUGUUUUUAGGCUUUUAUCCUCAAAAUGUACACUUCCCUUUGAUUUCCUCACUUCUGACAUCACAUUUGAAAACAUACAAAACAUCCACUCUUUAACCAUACACCUUUUCUAUAUUUGUUUAAUAAGGCUGUCUGUAAUUAAAAUACACAUCAUUUUGAGGCCUCCGCGUCCACUAUGUCUGUCUUGACAUCGAUACAAGGUUGGAUUUUUAACUGCCAUAUUCCUGACCGACUGAACAAAGAAAGAAAAAUCAAUGUGAAAAAUCAAUGUGUCAAGGUUUCCUCCUGCGUGGACAACCACAAGAUGAAAUCUGUCAUGAAGAGGUAAAAAUCUGACCUUUUGUACUGGUGUUAACUCAGCCUUUGUAUGUCAGCCUACUUGGGUUUCUCUCCUCAGAAUCCCCACUACGUAUCUGAUCUUCAGUUUCAUAUGGCGUCUCUCCAUAGUUCAGAGCAGAAAUAUCUCCAGUUUUUGAAUAUUUUACAUGUACUUCCUUUGAACUGAAUGUUCCUCUUGUCCUGUACAUGGUGAAUAGAGUUCUUGUCCCCUGGGGCAUCUGACAACUAUUCAAAAGCUGCUAAAAAAUUAGUCCGUUUGUCUUUCCUUGAAGCUGGCUUGUUGGAGAUGCACCUUUUUCAUCAGACACUGUUGACCUGAGACAAUGCAUACAUUUUGAAAGCCAGCCGUGGUGCACAAUGUUCUGCGAAACACAAAUAUAUUACACUGAAUUUUACAUGAGCCCCUUUUUAGUUGUUAUCUUGAUUUUUAGCUCUAAAUCACAACUUUUUCAACAAAUACACCAUGAGCUGGAAUGUUAGUUGCAGACAGAACAUUGUUAGAUAAAGAGCAACUAACUGAUAUGUUACAGAUUUUAUCCCAUCCCCUAAAAACAUAAAAAAUGUUAAAGCAAAUAACACAAAACAAAACAAAA